AUGUGUUCGUUCAACUCGGUAGCAUUGCCAGACUGCUUGGCGCUGGCGUCGGCGGAGGACUUGACGAUUGGCACGAUCGACAACAUCCAAAAGCUUCACGUGCAAACGGUGCCGCUGAACGAAUGGCCGCGGCGGCUGGCGCACGACCCGACGUCGCACACACUGGCCGUGUGCACGGUCAAGUACUCGAUGGACGCAGCAGCAGCUUCGGACGCCACGUCCAGCGUGGACGAGAUGGAGGUGAGUUUUGUGCGGCUCGUGGACGACCAGUCGUUUGACACGCUGUUCUCGUACCGAUUGGAUCCCUUCGAGUCGGCUUGUUCGAUCGUACACCUGACGUUUGACGGGCAUCCGUACUACGUCGUGGGCACGGCGUACGUCCACGAAGAGGAGAACGAACCGCACCAGGGCCGCAUCCUUGUGCUGUCGGUGGUCCAGGCUAAGCUGGUGCUCGUGGCCGAGAAGGAGGUCAAGGGCGCCGUGUACUGUCUGAACGCGUUCCAGGGCAAGUUGCUAGCAGGCAUCAACAGCAAGACGACGUUGUUCAAGUGGAGCGACAACGCCGAGGACGCGGACAAGGAGCUUGUGGCCGAGUGCGGCCACCACGGCCACACACUGGUGCUGUACAUGGAGAGCCGCGGGGACUUUAUCGCGAUUGGCGACUUGAUGAAGUCCAUCUCGCUGUUGCAGUACAAAGCGCUGGACGGGAGUUUAGAGGAAGUGGCGAAAGAUUUGAAUUCCAACUGGAUGGCCGCGGUGGACAUUCUCGACGACGACCACUUUAUCGGGAGCGAGACGGACUUUAACUUAUUUUGCGUCGAGCGGCAGAGCGGCGCCACGACCGACGAGGAGCGCAGUCGACUGGACUGUGUCUCUGAGUACCACGUCGGCGAGUUUGUCAACCGAUUCCGCCACGGCAGUCUGGUCAUGCAAGAGCAGGGACAGGCAACCACGAGGACGCCGCUGCUGUUUGGGACGGUCAGCGGCAUGAUCGGAUGUAUCUUACCCCUAGACAAUGCGCAGUAUGGGUUCCUGCGGCGCGUCGAGUCGGCGCUGAACCAAGUGAUCAAAGGCGUGGGGGGAUUGCUGCACAAGGAAUGGCGCAUGUACGAAAGCAAGCGAACCGUGAACGAGGCCCGAGGGUUCGUCGACGGCGACUUGAUCGAAGGCUUCCUCGACCUGACCAAACCCCACCAGCAAAAGGCCGUGGACUUGCUCAAUGUCGACGGCGCCAUGGACGGUCGACCUCCCGUGACUGUCGACGAGCUCACGUCGAUCGUUGAAGCAUUGGCGCAGCGACAUUAA